CUCGCGAUUGGCCGAUUCCUCUGCAAGCCAUUGUUUACACUCUCUCGCCGUUUACAAGCGUUAUUUUCUCGCUUUUAAACUUAUUUCAAACAAGAUGGGCGUCCGCCUCUUUGUGGGCGGGCUGCCUAAUGACAUUUCAGCCGCCGACCUUUCGUCGCGGUUUAGUCCAUUUGGGAAAGUCAAUAGUGUUGAGCUCAUCCCACCGAAAGACAAUGGCUUAACCGUCGCACAGAAGCCCGCUCCGGGCCGGGGGGGCCAACAAUCGCUGCCUCCACCUGCGACCUGCCGGGGUUUCGCAUACGUGGAGUUUGAGCCCAAGGACGAGGCGGCAGUGCGCAAGUGCCUGAGCGUGUAUAACAACAGCAAAUGGCGCGGCCACGUGUUACGUGUGGAGCUGGCCAAGCCAGGCCCCCUGGCGCGGCUGGUGGUGGACUGGCGGCAGCAGCAGGGGGAGGUGCUGGAGGUGCCGCAGGAGCAGGAGCAGCAGCCGGAGGGAGGGGGAGAGGCAGAGGGCCAGGAGGAGCGCAAGCAGCAGCAGCAGCGUGUGGCGGUGGAGGAGGUGGAGGUGCCGGAGGAGGUGGCGGCGGCGCGCGCCGCCGCCGCCGCCACCGUGUCGCCGGCGGCGCUGCAGAAUGCGCUGGCGGCCGCCGCAGCCACCGCGGCCCGUCGCGCCAAGGCGGCCGAGAAGCAGCGGCAGAGGCCGGCCUUCUUCGGGCCGCCGGCGGCGCCGCCGCCUGCGCCCGCCGACCUGUCUGUGCCGCUGACGCUGCCCAACCCGCUGUGCCGCUACAAGCCGCUGACGGUGCCGCUGGAGCCGCCGGAGCGGCCGCCGCGGCGGUCCUUCCCGCCGGCGGCGCCGCUGCCGCCCAGCCGUUUGCCGUGGGUGGCGGGGCAGGUGGAGGACUGGGGCGGCCCCUGCCGCCGCCCGGGGGACUGGCAGGAGGACGAGGAGGAAGACGAGGAGGACGAGGAGGAGGGGGCACCGCUGUCGUCAUCUGGGGGUGUUGUUGGUGCUGAUGAGGAUGAAGAUCUGGACCUAAACAUCAACAUGAGCGGCAACGAGCCGCUGAAGAAGAUGAAGGACAAGAAGCAACCGCCCGCCAAGACCGGCCAGGCGCCAGGCCGCCAGCCGCAGCCGCAACAGCAGCAGCCGCCCAGCGCGCUCUACCACAUCAACGCCAUCCGGGAGCAGCCCAUGCGCCCCUACAAGCCGCACCUGCUGCAGUCCGGGGCCGACGAGGCGGGAGCGGGUGGCGGCGGCGGCGGCGGCGUGGCGGUGGCGCCGCCGGCGUGGCUGCUGGAGGAGGACGACGACUCGGAGGGGCCGGCGGAUGAGCACAUGGGGGCGGCUGUAGCAGCUGUAGCUGGGUCAGGCAGCGGCGGCGGCGGCGGCAGGGCGGUGGGCGCGGCGACGGCGGCGGCGGCCAUGGCACGGACUGCGGCUAGGAAGGCGGCGGCAGCCGCAGCGGCGGCGGCGGAGGAGAACGAGGAGGUGGAGGAAGGGGACGGGGACGGGGUGGAGGAGGAGGAGGACGGGGAGGUGGAGAAGGCGGAGGGCGAUGGUGAGGAGGAGGAGGAGCCGGAGCCUGUGCCGGCCGUCAAGCCCGCGGCUGCUGGCAAGAAGGGGGCGCACAAGGUGCCAGCCGCCGCUACAGCCGCCGCUACUGCCGCUACAGCCGCUACAGCCGCCCCAGCCGCUGCGGGCUCUGCCAAGCGCGAGGUCAAGGGCGAGGUGCUGUCCAUGUUCAAGGUGCUCAAGUCCAUCGACAGCCACAGCCGCAAGCUGGCGGCGGAGGAGCAGUCGCAGCGCAUCAUCGAGGCCAAGAUGGCGGCGGCAGGCGGAGGAGGCGGAGGCGGAGGAGGCGGGCAGCAGCAGCGCGGCGGGCGGCAGCAGCAGCAACAGCGGGGCGGCGGGCGGGAGGCGGUGGGGCCGACGUCGGCGGGGGCGCUGCACUCGAAUGAGCAGAAGACGCUGGCGGCGGCGGCGGCGGCGCCCAAGGAGGACGUGGGGGUGGUGGACUUCACGGAUGAUGACGAGGAGGCGGAGGAGGUGCAGGCGGGGCGGGGCUACGCGGCGGCGGCGGGUGGAGGCGCGCAGGCGGCGGCGGGCCGGGCAGCGGCGGCGGCGGCGGCGGCGGAGCUGUCCCGGUUUGAUGACGACGACGAGGAGGAGCCGGUUGCCAAGAAGCCCGCGACCAAGGCGCAGCUGAAGGCGCAGCAGCUGCAGAAGCAGAAGCAGCCCCAGGUGCCGCAGAAGGAGGCCCUGCUCGUGCCCUCCGGACCACGGCCAGCCCCGCCACCCGCCGUCACUGCUAAGCCCGCGCCCGCGGCUGCGAAGCCCGCGGCCACUCCUAAGCCCGCGGCUGUGGUGGCUAAGGCCGCCACCGCCAAGCCCGCAGCUGCAGCCGCAAAGCCCACACCGGCACCGACACCAGCACCGGCACCGGCACCGGCACCAGCCGUGGCGCUAGGCGGCAAGCGGCCCGCCUCCGCCUCCGCCGCCGCCGCCGCCGCCGCCGCGCCGACUGUGGACUUCAUGGAUGAGGGCGACAAGGAGGAGUUGGUGGUGGCGGCAGCUGCAGCGGCGACCGGUGCGGCGGGGACGGCCGGCAAGCUGCGGGCAGGUCCAGCGAAGGCGGGGGCGGUGGCUGGCGGCGGCGGCAAGGCCGCGGCGGGGCUGGACCGCUUUGCGGGUUCGUCUGACGACGAUGACGACGAGCAGGCGGUGGGUGGUGGUGGUGGUGUUGGUCAGGCGGCUGCGGCUGAUGAGGGUGAUGAGGGUGAUGAUGAGGAGCCGCCGCCGCCACAGAGGCAGCUGUGGCCCCAGCAGGCGACGCCGGCACGAGCUGCCGCCGCCACGGCCACGCCCGUCCACAGGGCCGCCGCUGCAGCGCCCACGCCGCGCCAGGCUACGCCAGCCGCAGCAGCAGCAGCCGCAGCGCCUGCAGCUGCCACGGCAGGUGGGGGUGCGGAGGCGGGGGCGGGUGCGGAGGGGGGUGGCCGGCCAGCCAAACGGGCCAAGGCCACGCCCGCGCCAGCGACCACGCCCGCCGCGCGUGCCGCAACCGCGACUGCGGGCAGGGCCGCCACCACCACCUUCGGCAAGCCCGCCGCGGCGGCGGCGGCCAACACCAACAACACCAGCAACCGCGCCACGCCGGCGGCGGCGCGUGCGUCUGAGGGCCCGCAGGCGAAGAAGCGCGAGCGCGACGCCCCGGGCGCAUUAGUGGUGGGUGGCGGCGCCGCCUCUGCCACAGACAUCUUCAUCCCCUCAGCGCCCCGCGGCGGCGCCAGGACCCCGCUCACCGGCGGCCGUGGCGGCCGCGGCGGUGCCGGGGGUGCGGCGGCGGCGGCGGCUGCGCCUGGUGUGGCGGCGGCGCUGCUGGACCGGUUCGGCGGCGGCGGCAGUGACGACGACGGCGAGGAGGUGUUUGUGGAUGUGGACUCGGACGGAGAGGGGCGGAGGCGGGGGCAGCCGAGGCAAGGGGCAGCAACGGCAGGGAGCGCCGGGAAGAGGCCCCGCGCGCCGGCGGAGCAGCAGGCCGGCGAGGCGCAGCAGGCGCAGGAGGCGGCGGAGGCGCAGGCGGCGGAGGCACCGGUGGCCGCAGCUCCCGCGGUGGCAGCCGCGGCUGCUGCACCGGCCCCGGGUGUUGUGGACUUCAUGGAGGAGGAGCAGGAGGAGGCAGUGCCCGCCUGGAAGCGGCAGAAGCAGUGGACGCCGGGGGGUGGGGGAGGUGGGGGAGGUGGGGGCCGGGGAGGUAGGGGAGCAGGUGGUCGUGACGGUGGAGGAAGAGGGGGGCGAGGAGACUGGGGCGGCCGUGGCGGCCGCGGGGACGGCGGCGGCUUUGGCGGCUUUGCCGGGGGUCGCGGCGGGGCCUCGCCCGGCGGCCGCGGCGGCUUCGGCGGCCGCGGAGCCGGCAGGGGCAGGGCGUCGCCUGGAGGGCGGGGCGACGGCGGGAGGGGCCGGGGGCGAGGCGACGGCGACGGCGGCCGCGGGCGCGGUCGUGGGGACGGUGGGCGCGGUGGCCGUGGCUAUGGCCGUGGCGGUGGCGAUGCGGCCGCGCCGGCCCACACACAGCCCGCCAGCGCCGCACCGCCUCCCGCCAAGGCCGAUCCCCAGCAGCAGCAGCAGCAGCAGCAGCGGCCGCCACCGGCCUCUGCGCCGGCGUCAGUCGUCAAGUCGGUGGCGGCGGCGACGGCGGCGCCGGCCCCAGGAGGAGCGGCGGGCCCUAAGCCCACGCCGCCGCGGCCGCUGGGCGGGGGGCCGCUGGGCGGCGGGCUGGCGGCGGCGGCGGCGUUCGUGCGGCCUGCGGGCAGUGCGGCGGAGCUGAGUGCGGCGUGGCAGGCGCAGCACGCGGCGGGGCUGACGGCGGCGGGGGCGCGGGACAGCGCGCGCACGGCGCAGAGGGCCAUGCAGGGGCGGCCGGGCAGCGGAGGAGGCGGAGGUGGAGGCGGAGGCCGGGGGCGGGGGCGUGGCUGGCGGUAGGAGCGUGCUGGCAGCGUGUGUGUAGUGCCGGUAGUGUGAGGUUGGCAGUGUGUGGGUCUGUGGGGGUUUGGGUGAGGUCUAUAUUACCCGCCUCACACCCGGGUGUGUGCAUGACAGUGAUGGGUGUGCGGGUGAUGGCGGCUUCAAGCGGCGGCGGCUGCCCACAGGCAUAGCGCAGGCCAAUCGGCCCAGAGGGGUGCGAUGGGACAGCGUAAGGGGGCAGGGUUCCGAAGUCUCGGAGUGUGCAGCGUGUAAGGGUGGCGCAGGCGUGUCCAGAGAGGGAGCGCCAGCGCCCGGCGGCACUAAGGGGGCGGGGUGGAGCCCGGGCCGGGACCCGCGGACCCCGAUGCAUCGGUCUGAAUCCAGGGUAUCAGAAGCUCGCCCUGGGGUCAGGCGUUCACCUAAAGGUAUUGCCAAGGUCAAUUCGCUAAGACGUGUAAAUAACCAUCAGG